ACCACUGUCAACAAAAUUCUGCCACGCAAAAAUGCUUUAUUUUGAGGUAUGAGUUUAUCAGUAUAUUUUAUUUUCACAUAAAAUCUAUUUAAUUCAUACAAAAUAUUAAUAAACAUAAUAGCCAAUUUGCAAUGAUCAUAUUCAAGCUUAAAUAUACCCAAAAAAUACAAUAUAACUUAUUUUGACGUCACUUUAUAAAGAUACUUUGAAUCCGUCGUUUUUGUAGUUUCGAACUUGCGGGAAAAUUGUCAUUGCUGCAAAUUACAAAAUGAUGAAAUUACUGUUUUGAAGGCUUUUCAACACUAGCCAUUACCCAAAAGCAUGGCUGCGCUAGAUGAUGAGGAUAUUAUUGAUGGCAGUGAUGAGGAGCAAGAGGAUAUCACACCUGCAGAUAUUCUACACAAGCUCAAACAGUCGUGGAUCGACGAGACCCGAUGUCCGGAGCUGCUGGAGUACGAUGGUGACGUGGUCGACUGCAUGCUGGACCAGAUCCAUCAAAUGGAAGCCAAUCUGAGGAGGGUCAGCAAGACCGACUUCAAAAUAUCCAUACACAAAAUGGAGGUGGACCGUAUUCGGUACAUGAUCGCCAGCUACCUGCGGUGCCGACUGCAGAAGAUCGAGCUUUACCACCGCUACCUGCUGUCCAACGAGGAGCAGCGGCGGCGACUGUCGCCCGCCGAACUCAAGUUCGCCACCGAGUUCCAGGCGAGUCACGAGGCGCACUUCCGGGAGGUGGCGCUGCGGCACAUGCCCUCCUCGGGCGCGGCGGCCCACUCGCAGGCAGAGUCGGAGUCGGAGGUGCCUCUCAGUGGCGAGGGCAGCCGGCUGCAGGCCGCCGAGGCCACGGUGGCGCCCAGUCUGGACACACACGUGUAUCUGCGGGCCGCCACCGACUGCCCGGGCGUGCUCAUCACAGACGAGGCCGGCGACUCCAGGACGGAGGAGGUGGACCUGGUGAGCGGCUCCCAGUACCUGCUGCGAUACGAGCCCGUCCACAAGCUCCUACAUAAGGGCGACGUGCACCUCAUCUGACCUCACCUGAGAUCCUGGUCCGCCGGCAGGUCCUUCUCAACGGUAUGGAAAUACCCAGUGCCGCCCUCGGCGCGUUCCAGGGCCGCCUCAGGUCCGGUCAGAGAUCCCCAAAUGGUCCCAUCAGCUCACCAGCGUCAUCCCGUCUUCCUUUACGGCUAGAGCAUAGUUUUAUGCCGGUGUUCUCAUGCGCGGUUUGAGGUCUCGUGAUGCCGGCGAAGCUCUGCGAUAUUCGAUGGAGCGGAUCUGUGUUGUUAUGGCCACGUAGGUGGCGCGAGUGUCGUUUGCAUACUGUGUAUACCUACCUGUGAUGCGCGUAGUGUUAGAUUUUGUACAUCUUCCCUGUGUGAUACGGAAAGAACUUUGAUGAUAGUUCAAAAAAUGGCCUACAACCGCACUAGCCUAUCUAUUAGUUUUUUAAUGCUAACUUAAAAAGUCAAUACACAUGUCAGUUUGAGAUA